ACAAAGAGGAAGCGCGUGUGUUGUACUUAAAGGGGAACGCACUGUGCAGGGGAAACUGUUGUCUUAGGAGGUACGUCGUUUCAAAGCCAAACGACGAGACGGAAUUGUAAAUUUGUUCACAGUGAUAACAUUAAUACCAAGAAGAAAUCACCACCGUGUGCUGUGUGAGAUGCUUCACAUUCCAGUAUAACGCUGAAUGCAUGGGCUCGGCUUUUACAAGGCAGCCAGAAACCUCUCCAGGACUUUACGCCUGUUCCAGACACGAAGCUUGUGUCUUACCCAACAGCGCUGUCACCCUGUCGUCUACGCUUGGGGCUUUGUUUCAUCGGUGAGACACUUUAGUCUGUCACCUCCAUCUUUCCUUGCCGUCUCUCGGGCCACAUUUCAGGACGACUGGGCAACCAUGGCUGAGCAGAGAUUCUGCGUGGAGUACGCUAAGCGCGGGCAAGCAGGCUGCAAGAAAUGCAAAGACAAGAUCGUGAAGGGGUUGGUGCGAAUCGGGAAGAUCGUGCCUAACCCAUUCAGCGAGUCCGCGGGAGAGAUGAAGGAGUGGUAUCACGUGAAGUGCAUGUUCGAGAAGCUGGAGCGUGCACGUGCGACCACCAAGAAGAUCGAGGACAUUACUGACCUGGAGGGCUGGGAGGAGUUACAAGAUGAGGAAAAAGAGCUAAUCAAUAAGCUUGUAGCAGACCUGGCUGCUAAGACAAACUCGAGUCCGAAGAAGAAGGUGCAAGCCAAGUUAAACACCAGCGGCCAAUUAUCAGCUCCUUCCGCCGAUCCGACUGUGAACGCGCCACGCAAGUUUUCUGGCUUUACAGCCUCGAAGGCAGGUUCGUCAUCGUCGAGUCCAGGCCCAUCUCCUGCCAAAGCCCCACAUGGCAGCGUUCUAUCCGCCCAGUUUUGCCAGCCCGACCAUAAAGACUGUCUGUUUCGUGAAUUUCGCAAGCUCUGUGCCAUGGUGGCUGAGAGGUCCAGCUACAACGCGAAGACCGAGAUCAUCAAGGACUUCCUGAAGAAGGGUUCUGGUGGAGACAAGUUUAAGGGAGAUCUCUACCUGACAGUGAAGCUGCUCCUCCCAGGCGUAGUGAAAAGUGUUUACAACCUCAACGACAAGCAAAUCGUCAAACUCUUCAGUCGCAUCCUGAACUGCAACCAGGACGAGAUGGUGCGCGACCUAGAACAGGGCGACGUCUCUGAGACAGUAAGGAUGUUUUUCGAUGCCAGCAAGUCGUUUCCACCUUCAACCAAGAGUCUGCUGACCAUCCAGGAAGUGGAUGCGUCGCUGAACCGCUUGGCUCAGCUCACUAAGGAAGACGAGCAGCAGGCAGAGCUGGAGGCAAUCGCUAAAAAAUGCACAGGGAACGACUUGAAGUGUUACAUACGUCUAGUAAAACAUGAUCUGAAGAUAAAUUCUGGUGCCAAACACGUCCUGGAUGCAUUAGACCCCAACGCCUACGAUGCUUUCAAAGCUUCUCGAAACCUCGGCGACGUAAUCGAUAGAGUCCUGCGCAAUCAGCAGGACGCGUCGAACGGCAACGGCCCAAGGAAGCACUUGAGUGUCGAGGCCACGUUACUGACUCCUGUGCAGCCUAUGCUGGCGGAAGCCUGCAAGUCGGUUGAAUACGCCAUGAAGAAGUGUCCUAACGGAAUGUACUCGGAGAUCAAGUACGACGGCGAGCGCGUGCAAGUGCACAAGAGUGGAGAUCACUUCAGCUACUUCAGCCGCAGCCUCAAACCCGUGCUGCCUCACAAGGUGGCCCAUUUCAAAGAGUUUAUACCUCAGGCCUUUGCUGGAGGCCACAGCAUGAUCCUAGACGCUGAAGUUCUCCUGAUUGAUACCAACACCAGCAAGCCGCUGCCUUUUGGGACGUUAGGAGUGCACAAAAAAGCGGCUUUUCAGGAUGCACAAGUGUGCCUGUUUGUUUUUGACUGCAUUUAUUUUAACGGCGUUAGCCUCAUGGACAAGCCACUUUGCGAAAGGAGAAAAUUUCUUCACGACAACAUGGUGGAAGUUCCAAACAGGAUUCUGUUUUCCGAGAUGAAGCAUGUAACGAGAGCUGCUGACCUGGCUGAAAUGAUCACACGAGUCAUCAGAGAGGGACUGGAAGGACUCGUGCUGAAAGACAUCAAGGGGAUGUAUGAACCUGGGAAACGUCACUGGCUGAAGGUGAAGAAAGACUACCUGAACGAAGGAGCGAUGGCGGACACGGCCGAUCUGGUGGUUUUGGGCGGGUUUUAUGGAAGCGGCUCAAAAGGUGGAAUCAUGUCAAGUUUCCUCAUGGGCUGCUACGAUCCCGCGUCCAAAAAAUGGUGCACGGUUACCAAAUGCUCCGGAGGCUUUGACGAUGCCACUCUAGCCAGACUGCAAAAGGAGCUGGACAUGAUUAAAAUUGUCAAGGAUCCCAGCAAGAUCCCGCCAUGGCUGAAUAUAGUCAAGAACUACUAUCCGGAUUUUCUCAUCCGAGAUCCUGAGAAAGCGCCGGUUUGGGAGAUCACAGGAGCGGAGUUCUCAAAGUCGGAAAUGCACACCGCCGACGGCAUCUCCAUCCGCUUUCCACGCUGCACCCGUAUGCGUGACGAUAAGGACUGGAAGACGGCCACCAACCUUCCCCAGCUCAAGGAGCUUUACCGUGUCUCGAAGGAAACGAGCGAUUUUGAGGUGACGGCAGGGCAGUCUACAAGCAGCAAAGACGACAAGAGCUCAUCAGGAGGAGACAGCGGAGGCAGCUCACCGUCCACCUCCAACAGAGCAACAAGCUCGAGCAAAGCUAACAAUGGUCACACUCCAAAGCCAAAGCCGGUAAAACCUGCAACUACUACUACUUCGGUGAAAACUGCAACUCCGUCCCCUGCCAAGAGGAAGCUGCCUGCUGAGGAACAUGGUGCAAAGAAGAUGAAGAUCGAACCAGUUCAGAGCAACAGGCAAAGCGAAGCUAAAGCUUCUCCAGCUAAGGCAGAUCCAAAGAGUGAAAAGACUUUGCUGGACAUCUUCACUGGAGUAAAGCUGUACCUUCCCGAAUCAGUGCAGGACUAUGAGAAGCUUCGGCGUUACUUCGUAGCGUAUGACGGAGAGCUCGUUCCCGAUUACGCCGCUGCCUCUGCAACACACACGCUAGCCACCCCCGAGGAGGGAAGCAAGGCCCAGAGAGUCAGCUCCAACUGGAUCUGGCAGUGCAUAAAGAAAAGGAGAUUGGUUCCUCCCUGCUGAAAAAAAGAAAGAUAUAGACCGAACCGUCCUGCUGCUUUGGCAAACACUUACUGCAAAAAAAAAAAAAGUGUCCUUCAGAACGUCUGUCAACUGAAAAUAUUAUUGACCAUAACACAAUGCGUGUGUUCAUUCAGGACAAACUUUAUGAACUUGUGUCAGUUUACUUUUUUUUACCAUGGUGUGGUACAGUAUGUCAAUAGCAACUUGAGUUUUCCAGUUCUUCUAAAAAUCAGUUUUUAGAAGCUUUUUUUUUUUUUUUUUUUUAGCAAAGGCUAUCACUGAUAGUAGGUAUAAUUCUGUCUUUGGGAUUAAGUUUGUAGAAUCACAAACUUCUGCAGAAUGUCAACAUUAUGUGUCGAACGUAUGACGUUUUAUAGAAAAAGAAACCAGCUUUCUAGAAUAGGAGACGAUGUAAUUUGCGUAUGCAAAGCAGAAUGAACAGCUGGGCCCCGUUCCUAAAUUGACACUACAGACUACAAAAAUCUACAGACAGACAUCUUAAUGUUAACUACUCGCUUCAUCUGGCUGAACUGACUACGUCCUCAGGUGUGACAUCCACAGUCUGAUGAAAAUAAAGAGGAUUUUUAUAAGCUAACAAACUUUUGCCCUAACACAUUGCAGUGUGUUGCAGUGCAUGAUUGUGAUUGCUCUGUCAGGCCAUAGUGGCAGUGGAGAUGAUUUGACAUUUAAAAAAAAAAAAGAAGAAAAAAAAAACGUAAAGAACCAGUUUGUGAAAGUGUGCAUUUUUAUAGGAGGUGAAAGGACAUGGUCAUAAAGCAAUAAAAAUCUGGGUAUUUCCUAAACAUGAACACAAGACGCACCAAGAUCAUGACAUUUCAGGUGCAAAUCAGAUUAAUAGUUUGUAGUGGUUCUUUACAAUAAAAACCCAUCAGCAGACAAAU